UGAAACAAUUCUUUUAGCCGCACUAUUUGAAGUUGAUGAAAGUUUUACUUUUGAAUAUUUACUUUAUCAAGCAGAUAGUGAUUAUGUUUUUGGAAAGAUUGUUAAACAUGUGCAAAAGAUUCAAUCUGUAUCUUCUUCAACUAGAAGUCCUGAAAAUAAUAGUAUACUUGAAAUGCAACUAUCAUAUAUAUUUAAUGAUAUUCAAGAGAUAUAUUUGCCAGUUGCUGAACAAAUUAGAGUAACUAAUGAAUAUGAA